AGGCAAUGGAUAUGUGUAAUUUGUUAUAUCUUCUUUUAUCACGACUAAUUCAAGUAGAAGUUAGUGAAGGUAUAUUAGAAGGUGAAGUUGUAGGCAAUGAAUAUGGAUGUCCCUUCUUCAGCUUCAAGGGUAUCCCUUACGCUGAGCCACCAGUGGGCGACCUAAGGUUCAAGGCUCCUCUACCUAAGAAACCUUGGCAAGGAGUUCGUGAUGCCACAGAACAUGGCUCAAGUUGUUUUAAAUAUGAAAUGUUCACAAACGAAACCCAGGUACCUGAUGGAAGCGAAGAUUGUUUAUAUCUUAAUAUUUACGCUCCAAAUAUUGCCCCCUUAAAACCAUUACCUGUAAUGGUUUUCAUACACGGGGGUGGUUUUACCAGUGGCAGCGGCGAUGAUACAGUAUUCAGUCCCAAAUUUUUAGUAAGAAAAGACGUCGUUCUCGUUACCUUGAACUAUAGACUAGAAGUUUUAGGUUUUCUCUCUCUAGACACGGAAGAUAUCCCCGGUAACGCCGGAAUGAAAGACCAAGUAGCAGCGUUGAGAUGGAUUAAAAAGAAUAUCAAACAUUUUGGCGGCGACCCUGAUAAUAUUACCAUAUUCGGUGAAAGCGCUGGUGGUGCCAGUGUUUCUUUUCAUUUAGUAUCACCCAUGAGCAAAGGACUUUUCAAAAGAGCUAUCACUCAAAGUGGCACUCUAACGUCAUGGUGGCCAAACACGUUUAGAGCGCGUGACAGAGCUUUACUACUCGCUAAAGAAUUAGGCUGCGUUUCGACAAACGACAAAGAAAUUUAUGAGUGUUUAAAAUCCCAACCUAUUGAAAAUCUCGUGAAAAAGAAAAUACCUAUAACAUAUGUAGAGUCAGCAAAAGAAGCUCCCAAAGUUUACUUUGGUAUAGUUCAAGAAACAAAAUUCGGUGACAAUGAAAGAUUCUUUUAUGGACACUCAUUUGAAGUCCUCCGAAAAGGUAUACAUGAAGGAGUUGAGGUUAUGAAUGGUUACACAGAGGACGAAGGAAUACUAUAUUUAUCUAUGGGUAUUGAUGUUGAUAAAGUAUUUGAUCAAGCUAACAAUUUCUUAGAAUUUUUUGUACCUGAACCAUACACUACGAACACUCCGUUGACAACCCAAAUGGAAAUAGGCAGAAGAUUUAAAGAUUACUAUUUGAAGAAUAAAACUGCUUCGAGAGACAAUUUAGAUGAUUUAUUAAGAUACUUUAACAUGGAGUUGUUUACAUAUGGGACAAUAAGUCAAGAAAUAAUGAUUGCCAAGAAAAAUAAGAACAAAAGUUUUUUGUAUAAAUUUACGUGUAAAUCUGAGCUGAAUUUAUUUACUUUCAUGACAGGAUUAGACCAACUAUUCAAUUAUAGGCCAGUGGUCGCUCAUUCUGAUGAUCUUAGUUAUAUAUUUUCAUUGGAAGAAGUUAAUAUGAAUUCACCUACAUUUAAAAUGAUCGAACAGGUGACAACGCUAUGGACGAACUUUGCAAAAUACGGUGAUCCAACACCUGAUAACAGUCUUGGUGUGAAAUGGCUUCCCUAUACAAUGGAAAACCAAGACUACUUAGAUAUCGGAGAGAAUUUAGUUCCUAAACGAUAUCCAGAAAAAGAAGACAUGGAAUUUUGGAAGAGUAACUUUAAGGAAUUUCUACCCCAAUAUGUACCUUAGAAUUGACGUAAAAUUGUAUCAUUAGACUAUAGAAUAUAAAAA